AUGCAUUCCAUCAUUGUAAAAAUUGCUCUCUUUUUUGUUUUCUUCGCUUCACCAUCAACUCUAUGCAAUGGGCUGAUGAGGAAGUUGAACAGCGAGACUGAUCCAGUGGUGCUAACAUGUCGGAAGAUAUCUGACUUCGGCUUUUGUGUUUUCACCCUCCGAUCAGAUCCAAGAAGUGCCAAAGCAAGUGUCCAAGGGCUAGCCCAGAUAGCCCUUGGCAAGCUUGAAGCUCAUGCAAAGGAAACUUCGACCUAUAUUCAGGGUUUGCAAAAGGCCUGCCCCCCCAAGUUGAAGACGGCGGUUGGUGUUUGUGUUCACUUCUAUACCUUAGCUAAUAACAAUGAUGUUCCUGCUGCUGUUAAAUCUUUGAAUGUAAAGGCCUAUGGGGUUGCGAAAAAGGCGGCUUUGGCUGCCAUGGAAGACGGUACACGGUGCCAAGAUGAAAUCAAAAAGAACCCUUCAACAAUCUGGCAAAUGCUAAAUAGCAGGAAUUUUUAUAUGCAUGAUUUAUCUCAACUAAGCAGUGAUCUUAUAGGAUUAUUGAAGUAG